AUGUUUUUAUUUACUUUUAAUAAUGAAGUUAUCAGCCAGCAAAUAGAAUUCUACGCGUCUCAAUCACUAUUGACAAAGAGCAAAAUAAAGCAUGUUACGGUUGGAAGGAAAGAUAAACCUUAUUCCAAAGGAAUGGUUGCAAAAUAUAACAUUUAUUCAGAUUGGAAACCUUUUCAAAGUAAUAGGACAAUGUUUGAAAGUCCAGCUAAGAGGGCGAUAGAUCCAGUGUUUCAUGGCAAUCCUGAAACAAAAGAAGAGUUAUGGCAUGAACACUUUUUAAGAGAAAUGAAUCCGAAUAAUCUUAGAUCUUCCCUCAUAUCCUUACUUCAUAAUAUAACACUAACAUAUUUAAAGGAUUGCACUCCGAUUAUACUUUAUGAUAAAAAAGUUAAAACGGAAGAGAUUCAAUUAUUCCAAAAUUUCUUGAAGAAUUUUCCUACAUCCUUCACUCAUGGUUAUAUUGACGACAAUAAUAAAUUGAAAGAACCAAAUUUAUUAACAAUUCGUCAACAUUGUCUCCAUUACAUAGUAUUUCUAUCAGAUGUGAAAAGAAUAGCGAAUGUAUUGGGCAAACAAUCUGAAAGUAAGGUAAUAGUAGUAGCAAGAUCAUCGCAAUGGACUGUACAUGAAUUUCUCUCAAGUCAUCUUUCUAGGAUGUUUAUCAAUUUACUCAUAAUUGGACAAAGCUUCAGAGAAAAAGGCAAUAAAGCGGAAGCCCCAUAUAUUUUAUAUACGCACGAAUUGUAUACAGAUGGCUUAGGCGCUAGUAAACCUGUUGUACUAAACUCUUGGUCUGAUAAUAAAUUUUCUAGACAAGUUAAUUUAUUUCCCUCUAAAGUGAUUAAAGGGUAUGCAGGCCACCGAUUCACUGUAGCAGCUUCAGAUAUACCGCCAUUCAUAUUUAAAAGGAUCAUAAUCGACCCCAAGGACGGUAAUAUGAAAGUAACUUGGGACGGAAUUGAGAUGAGACUUCUGAAUUUGUUAGCUAAAAGAAAUAACUUUUCAAUUGAGAUUGUUGAACCGCGUGAUUUAAGUUUGGGACCAGGUGCAGCUGUUGUAAAAGAAGUUAUGAUGGAUAGAGCGGACAUAGCAGCUGCGGGCUUGUAUGUAACGAGCGAGAGAUUGUUUAACUUGGAUUUAAGUUUCCCACAUUCGCAUGAUUGUGCAGUUUUCAUAACACUCAUGUCCACUGCUUUACCUAGAUAUCGAGCAAUUCUAGGACCAUUUCAUUGGCAUGUUUGGUUAGCACUGACGAUUACGUACUUGCUCGCCAUUUUUCCUCUAGCCUUUUCUGAUAAACAUACUUUACGGCAUUUGAUUAACAAUUCAGGUGAAGUGGAGAAUAUGUUUUGGUACGUUUUUGGAACUUUUACGAAUUGUUUCACUUUUGUGGGUAAAAAUUCGUGGAGUAAGACGACGAAGAUCACUACAAGACUACUCAUCGGUUGGUACUGGCUGUUUACAAUAAUAAUAACGAGUUGCUACACUGGAUGUAUCAUUGCGUUUGUCACUUUGCCAAUUUUCCCAGAUACCGUUGAUACCAUUAAACAAUUGCUUACGGGAUUUUAUAGAGUUGGCACUUUAGAUAGAGGCGGAUGGGAAACAUGGUUCCUAAAUUCUUCCGACCCUAACACAAAUAAACUUUUUAAGAAAAUAGAAUACGUACCAGAUGUGAGGUCAGGCAUCAGAAAUGUUACAAGGGCGUUCUUCUGGCCGUAUGCAUUUUUAGGAUCACAAGCUGAACUCGAAUAUAUCGUUCUUGCAAAUUUUACUGAUAUGAGUUCCAAACGUGCCAAGUUACACAUAUCAAGUGAAUGCUUCGCGCCGUUUCAAGUAGCACUGGGCUUUCCUCGGAACUCCGUGUACCACGACAAGCUCAGCGGUGACGUUAGUAGGUUACUGCAGAGCGGAAUCAUAAAUAAAAUCGUUGAUGAGGUCCGUUGGGAAAUACAACGGAGUUCCACUGGAAGAUUAUCGGUGGGUAAAGUGUCGCAAAAAGUAAAUUCAGUACAAGAGAAAGGACUGACUCUAGAAGAUACGCAAGGAAUGUUUCUUCUUCUCGGUGCUGGGUUCCUAAUAGCUAGUGGAGCCCUUUUAAGCGAAUGGAUGGGAGGUUGUUCAAGAAAAUGUACAAUGAAACGAACAAAACCUUCUUCUCUUAGUUCAGAAAAUUUAAUACCCAACGCGUAUGAGAUCCGUGAAAACGGUUUAAAUACAAGUGAAUCCACAGAUUCGUUGAACGGUCAAAUUAUAAAUGUUUCAGAAGAAAGUAUUACAGUACAUAAUGAGUUUAAUGUAUUUGAAUUUAGUUCGAAAUCAAGUUCUGCGGAUAUGGAUAGAGAAGUUCAGGAGAUAUUUGAAAUGAAUCAUACGAAACAUGCUUUGGAACAAAGAUUAUUUGAGAUUGAAGGUGUAAAAACAAACAGUCCUGUUGGAGAAUAUGUGAACAAAUAG